CUUAUUAAAUAGAUAUUUGUUAAAUGUUGAUUUAAAAUGGAGGAUAAUACUACUUCGCAAACUCGCACCCUGCCUAAUAUUUUGAUCUGUGGAACACCUGGCACUGGAAAGAGCACACUAGCCCAGUCAUUGCAGGAGCACUUGGGUUCAUCUGAGUACAGCUAUGUGAAUGUGGGUCAAAUAGCGAGCGAUCAUUCUUGUUUCGACGAGUGGGACGAGGAGUAUGAGUGUCACGUGUUGAAUGAGGAUCUCCUGUUGGAUGAAAUGGAGCCGAUGAUGCACCCGGGUGGUAAUAUCGUGGACUACCAUGGUUGCGAGUUUUUCCCCGAGAGAUGGUUCGACUUAGUUGUCGUUCUACGUUGUGGAACUGAAGCACUUUACGACAGACUGAAAUCCAGGGGAUACAGCGAAAAGAAACUCUCCUCUAACCUGGACAGUGAGAUAUUUCAGACCAUUUUGGAAGAAGCGCAGUCUUCAUAUAAGGCAGAAAUAGUUCUAGAAUUGCAAUCAAACUGUUCAGACGAUGUGCAAAAUAAUAUUGAAACUAUCUCUUCGUUCGUUCAAAAUUGGCUUCUUUUGAAAUCGUCUUCACCUUCGUAGUAGAUUGAAUUUGUUUUCACCAUUGUUAGACCUCCUUUUCUUUACCUUUUUCUCGCUAUGAGUAUCAAGUUGUUCGAGAUUACCAAGAAAA